CACUGCAUAGCCAAGGUAGACUGUUUUUUGAAGGAGAGUCGAAAUACGAGGUUAUUCUUAUUUGUUUUACUUUGUGAGAAAAUUCAACUAAACAUUUAAACAUUAUACUCGGUGAUGGAGAUCACACUGGUGCUCAUCAUGUUAAUACUCCUAAUGGGAGUGCUUGUCGUUACUGCUUUUCUGGUGGUUCUCCUGUGGUUUCGCAUAUCCAAAACAGCCAAUAACUACUCAAAGUUUCCUUCAUAUGGUGCAGCAAAUCCCCUUUUGGUUUUUUGGCAAUAUUCUCAGCAAUCUCGAAAUUCGAGUUUAGAGCAGAUUCCGUUUAUUACGAAUUUGUUAAGAGUUUUAUCUGCUAAUGCGUACAUGUUCCAGAGUGAAGGAAUAUUCUUUCUCUGGAUGGGUUUCACUCCAUAUGUUGUCAUUUUUAAAGCGGAAUAUAUAAAGGAGGUGAUUAACAGCCGAGUUGCUGACGAUAAAUCAAAGGAUUACAUUGCUUUUCAACCUAUGUUAGGAACUGGCUUGCUUACCAGCGGCGGCAGAAAAUGGCGAAAUAGAAGGAAAUUAAUUCAGCCAUGCGUCCAUAUGAGAAACGCGGAGAACCUAAUUCCUAUAUUCAAUGAACAUUCAUUGGUGCUCGUGGAUAAGCUGAAGAAAAAAGUAAAUAAACCAUUGGUUGAUGCUGAAGAUAUAAUAGUUGCAUGUACAGUGGAUAUAAUCUUUC